AUGGGGUCUUGUUCUAAUUAUGCUUAUAAUACCGAAAACAAGGUUGGUAUAGAUAGGAAGAAGAAGAAGAAGAAUAUUAAGAUGAUGAUGAGCAUGGCAUUUGGAUUUUGGCAGCGCAUCUGCAAGGGUUGGAGUAGGAUUAAUAAAGACGAAGCUGUUUUGAUGAUGAAGUCCAAUAAAUCCUCCAUUCCAAAAGGCCACUUUGCAGUGUAUGUUGAAGACGAUGAUGAUGAUACUGAGAAGGAGCAGAAGAAGAAGAAGCGUUAUGCAGUUCCUCUUUCGUACCUAAAUCGGCCUGCAUUUCAAGAAUUGCUAAGCAUGGCUGAACAAGAAUUCGGGUACGAUCAUCCAAUGGGAGGAAUUACCAUUCCCUGCCCAUCUUCUCCACAAUCGAAUGAGGAUGACCAAAUCACAACCUCAAUGAAAAUCAAAAUGGCAUUUGGAUUGCCAGGUUUUGUUCAGGGUAAGAAAGCUCUCCGAAGAUCGCUUUCGAGCAUUAAAGAAGCUGAUUUCAAUUCCAAAACCAUUCCAAGAGGUUAUUUUGCAGUCUAUGUUGGAGAGGAGCAAAAGAAGAGAUUUGUAGUACCUCUUUUGUACCUAAAUGAGCCUGCAUUUCAAGAAUUGCUAAGCAUGGCUGAAGAAGAAUUCGGAUAUGAACAUCCAAUGGGAGGAGUCACAAUUCCCUGCAGAGAAGACAUCUUCAUUGAUCUCACUUCUCAGUUGAAUUGAUUGUAAAUUAUAGAACUAACAUAAUUUUGCAGAAACAAUUUUGUAGAUACUUUGACCCUGAAGAGGAAAGUGUUUGACUACAUUUGGAAUUUAAUGAUUUAUGUCUUCAUGUCAUACUUAUUUCUGUUUUGCUUAUAUCCUAUCAAACAAUUUCACUUGUUGUUGUACCACAGCUUCAAAAUCCA